AUGGAUCUUGCACAGAACUCGGAUGAGUCCAAAGUGCUCAUAAUCAACACUGGCGGGACAAUCAACAUGAUCCUCGGGCAGAAAGGCUAUGAGCCCGAACCGUACUUCUUGACAGAAACACUUCGCAGCCAAAACCGCUUCCACGAUCCGCUCGGGGAUUCGCUAUUCUCGCAUUCAUCCUCCGCACAUCUACCGAGUUUAAUUACCCCGCGAAGCAAAGCGCCUGGUGGAAUCCAGAAGCGCAUUCGUUAUGCCAUUCUUGAGUGGGAUCCCCUACUAGACAGCAGCAACAUAGAGAUCCACGAUUGGAUCAGGAUAGCUACAGACAUAGAGCUAAAUUACUCUACAUUUGAUGCCUUCGUCAUCUUGCACGGAACGGACACUAUGUCGUACACCUCGUCCGCCCUCAGCUUUUUACUUGAGGAUCUAGGCAAGACUGUGAUCCUUACCGGUGCUCAGAUACCGCUGUCUCAACUCAGGAACGACGCGGUAGACAACCUCUUGGGCGCGCUGGUGAUCGCCGGCCAUUACAUCAUCCCAGAAUGCUGCCUAUUCUUCAAUCACACCCUGUUCAGGGGCAAUAGAGUCUCAAAGCUCUCCUCGUACGACCUUAAUGCUUUCAAUAGCCCUAAUUUCCCGCCGCUUGUGAAUGUUGGCAUUGACAUCAUGGUCAAUUGGAACGAUGUGAUACGACAGACAAGCCUUCGACGUUUCUGUGCACACAAAAGUGAGCCUCCCGUCUCCACUCUGCGUCUAUUCCCGGGUAUUACAGCAGCCACCAUUCGAGCAUUCCUUACACCCCCGACACAGGGCGUGGUCUUGGAGGCGUUCGGCGCCGGAAAUGCGCCACAACGCCCCGACCUGAUCGGCGCGCUCAAAGAUGCCUGUGACCGGGGUGUAGUGAUCGUCUCCAUUUCGCAGUGUGCGAAGGGCUCCGUCUCGGACGCAUAUGCGGCAGGGCGGGAACUCCUCAUAGCUGGGGUGGUCUCCGGGGGUGACAUGACACCCGAGUGUGCGCUUACCAAACUGAGUUACCUCCUUUCCAAGCCAGAGCUCUCCGCAGCCGAAGUGCGCUCGCUCAUCGGUACGCCCCUGCGCGGAGAACUCACCCGCCCUGCGAGCGCACUCCCGCCAAGCCUCAGCGAGCCUAAGGGGAUCGAGCAAAGUCUAGAAAACAUCCAGGGCGUGCUCUCACAGGUUGUCCGCCUCCCGGGUUCCGAGCCGCGGCGGCGCAACAUAGCCAUCGCGGGAGGGCUGGUCAACAGCAUCGAGCCUGCCUCGGGGCGUUCGCCGUUGCAUUCUGCUGCGCUGAACGGGAACGUCAACGCGGUCAACAGUCUCCUCGAAGCUGGUGCGCUGGUGCAUCUCCGAGACGUUCUCGGACACACGCCACUGUAUUAUGCUGCGCGGCAGGCACACGAGGCUGUCGUCGAGGUGCUGGUAAAGGCGGGAGCACUCCUGGGCGGCUCCGAUAUUGAGGGGGGCUUUGUUCCGCUUGCGAUUAAGCAGGCAUCGCUCGCGGGAGAUGACCGUACUUCUAGGCUAUGGGCAAAGGCAGGGGCACCGCUAGAAUUUCUACAAUCUUAG